CUUCUUAUUCCAUGGAGACACAGUGUUGACAUGCAAGUGGGGCCUCGGGGGGAGCUCGAGCCCCCGACGAUCCUCAGCAUUGCGCCAGCAGCGGGCGUCACAGAAUUGCUAGAGGACAAGGAGGACAGGACAAGUUUGUGUUGGAUCGUGCCGGCGAUGGCGGCAGAUUUGCAGGUUCGCGGGGAUGGCACUAAAAAAAGUGAAUCUUGCGAGGCAGGCCAGGGGAAGAAAUUUCCCGGGCAGGUGGUCUUCGAUUCGCAGGCCUCUGUUGAUAAGAGCUCCAGCGAGCGAGUUGACCCGAGUUGAGGUGAGUUGGGAAGGAGGAAGAAGUCGAGUUCGAGAGCCGCGAUGAGGGCCAUGAUGAUGAUCAUCAUUCGGGUAUGAACAUUUAAAUUCAAAUUUAUGAAUUUCUGCAGCAGUCCGGGAGGAAAUUCUGGAAGCCGCAGCUUCUGUUCAUUCUCUGGGUCGGAGGUGGAGUGCAGUCGAGUAUAUUAGAUUGCUUCGAGCGGCGAUCGAGCACUCGGUGGUGGAUUCAGGACAAGAGGAGUCGUCGUCGUCGUCACGUGAGCUGGAAUUCGGAUUCUGGAGUCGACAAGGAGCUUCGAGAGCGAGUAAUCUGCUCUUGCAAGGGGAUUACGGGGUUUCGAUCCCAAGCGCGCGCUGGUAGCUUCGCGUGGAAGAUUCUUCAUUUGGCGGGGCGGUCGGGCAGAGACGUCGAGGGAUCGAGGGUUGCUUGGAGCUCUGUUGGAGGAAACUCCAGUGAUUCAGAAUUCUUGAACACUUGGAGGUAAAAUGUCUGUGAAUAUAGUCAUUACGCAGUCGAGAUCGAACUCGAGGGCUUCGAGUUUGAGAAGAGAUGGCAGCAUCAGCGAAAGGCUUGUGCUGCUACCUGCUCCUCAUUAUCCUCCCAUACCUUCGGGGAGUGAUGAUGGAGACGCGGCUGAAUCCCGGCAAGUGACCUUGAAGGUUUUGGGCAUGGUUUGCGCUGCCUGCUCAGCCUCGAUUGAGAAGGCCGUAAAACGGUUACCGGGCAUCGUCAAUGCAUCCGUGGCGGUACUCCAGAAUCGUGCUCAAGUGGUAUACCAUCCCGAGGUCGUCCAGGAGGAGGCCAUUCGGGAGGCCAUCGAAGAUGCUGGGUUCGAAGCGUCUAUCAUCGAAGAUUUCGGUGUAAUGGAGACCACGGCCCUGUGCCGAAUGCGAAUCAAGGGCAUGACUUGCACAUCAUGUUCGGGAUCGAUAGAAGCGAUUCUGAAGAGGCUGGAAGGAGUCAAGAAAGCCGUAGUUGCCCUGGCGACAGAAGAAGCCGAGGUUCAUUACAAUCCCAACGUCGUAAACCAUGAAGAAUUGAUGGCCGCUGUUGACGACGCCGGGUUCGAAGUCGAGCUAAUAAGCGCUGGCGAGGAGAGGAACAAAGUGCAACUUAAAUUAGAGGGCGUGAAUUCGCAAGAAGGAAUCAAACUCAUCGAACUCUCCCUGCAAUCUCUAUGGGGCGUGAAAUCCGUCGAUAUGAGUCCAACAGGCGAGAAGGUAGUGGUAUUCUACGAUCCAGAUCUUACGGGACCGAGGAAUUUCAUCGAAAUAGUUGAGCAGUCAGGGUCCGGAGAUAUCCAGUACAGGGCAACUCUCUGUACUCAGCCAGGUCAUGGAGGGCCAGACCGACGAGACGAAAUAGACCGAUACUGGAAGUUCUUUCUUUGGAGCUGCGUUUUCACUGUCCCCGUGUUCUUCCUGUCCAUGGUUUUCAUGUACAUACCGAAAGUCAUGCACGGGCUGGAAACCAAGGUGGUGAAUAAUCUGGAUGUUGGGCAGCUGUUGAGAUGGAUCCUGAGCACUCCGGUACAGUUCGUCAUAGGCUGGCGCUUUUAUGUAGGUGCCUACAACUCUCUGCGCCAUGGUUCUGCGAACAUGGACGUUCUCAUAGCUCUGGGAACCAAUGCGGCCUACUUCUACUCUGUUUACUCUAUAAUGAGAGCCGCCACGACGCACAACUUCAAGGGCACUGACUUUUUCGAGACCAGUGCCAUGCUCAUCUCCUUCAUUCUCCUUGGGAAAUAUCUUGAGGUUCUUGCCAAGGGCAAAACCUCCGAGGCGAUAGCGAAGCUUAUGGAUUUAACCCCGGACACUGCGAUACUUCUUACGGUGAACGAGGAAGGGGACAUGGUGGAGGAGAGGGAGAUCAGCUCGCAGCUUGUACAAAGAAACGACUUGAUUAAAGUGCAACCUGGAUCCAAAGUUCCAACCGAUGGUCUUGUGAAGUGGGGACAGUCUCACGUAAACGAGAGCAUGAUCACAGGAGAAGCCCGACCAAUAUUGAAGCGGGAAGGUGACAAAGUGAUCGGUGGAACCAUGAACGAGAAUGGAGUUCUCCAUGUUCGUGCAACACAUGUCGGUUCCGAGACCGCCCUCUCCCAGAUUGUAAGACUGGUGGAAGCAGCCCAGAUGGCUAAGGCUCCCGUUCAAAAAUUCGCUGACAGGAUUUCGAAGUACUUUGUGCCCCUGGUGGUGCUCAUGUCCCUUGUUACUGGAGUGGCUUGGUUUGCUGCUGGUAGAACUCAUUCUUAUCCCAAGUCCUGGAUUCCGUCCGCAAUGGAUGAGUUUGAACUCGCUCUGCAGUUUGGAAUUUCAGUUCUUGUCAUUGCAUGUCCAUGUGCUCUUGGACUAGCUACUCCCACUGCAGUGAUGGUUGCUACUGGAAAGGGCGCUCAGCAAGGUGUUCUUAUCAAGGGAGGGAAUGCUCUAGAAAGCGCUCACAAGGUGAAAUGUGUUGUCUUUGACAAAACAGGUACUUUGACCACAGGCAAGCCACUUGUCGUUGAUACAAAGCUGUUUGAGAACAUCGCUCUCAGAAACUUCUACAGGAUCGUUGCUGCUGCCGAGGCGAACAGCGAACAUCCUCUAGCAAAGGCUGUUGUUCUAUAUGUCAAAACACUCGGGGAAGAGAGAUCAAAUGAAAGAUCUCUGGAAACCCAGAAUUUUCAAGCAAUUCCAGGUGAAGGUGUGCAUUGCAUUGUCCAGGACAAAGAAGUGUACAUUGGCAACCGAAAGCUGAUGUGUGAACAGGGUAUUGAGAUUUCAGAGGACGUUCAAGAGUACUUGGAUGAAACUGAGCAGCUUGCUCGAACAGGAGUCUUGGUGGCUUUUGAGAAGAAAAUAGUUGGACUUAUCUCAAUAUCAGACCCUGUAAAGCCAGAAGCCGCCAGAGUUGUUUCCUUAUUGAAAAGUAUGGGCAUCCGUAGCAUAAUGGUUACAGGUGAUAACUGGGGCACAGCGAAGGCAAUAGGCCAAGAAGUCGGAAUUGAGACAGUGAAGGCAGAAUGCUCUCCUGGGCGUAAGGCGGAGGAGGUGAAAAAGUUACAGCUGGAACACAAAUUGGGAGUGGCGAUGGUUGGAGACGGUAUUAACGACUCACCUGCUCUAGUGGCAGCGGAUGUCGGUAUGGCCAUUGGUGCAGGCACGGACAUCGCAAUAGAAGCCGCGGAUAUUGUGCUGAUGAGGAGCAAUUUAGAAGAUGUAAUUACGGCGAUACAUCUUUCCCGGAGGACGUUUUUCCGCAUCCGAUUGAACUACGUCUGGGCCUUGGGCUACAACGUGCUGGGCAUUCCAAUUGCUGCAGGCGUCCUCUUCCCCUCCACAGGUUUUCGCCUCCCUCCUUGGGUAGCCGGUGCUGCCAUGGCUGCAUCUUCUGUCAGCGUCGUCUGCUCCUCGUUAUGGCUGAAGAGAUACAAGAAGCCCAAGCAACUUCGAGCAACUUCAGAAUCCCAACUCGCGAUCUGAACUAGAACUCACCUCAGCUCCACGAUUUUUAUGUAGAUUUUUCUGAUUUCUGCUUCUCUUUACCUUUUCCCAUUACGACCGCAUUCAUGUACUAUCAAUCUAUCAUCCAAUCAUUCGUACUACUCUCUAGUACAAACACUGUACCGAGUUUUCCUGAAGCCUCAGUACAACAUUCAAGUACUGUUUGAUUACUUGUAAAGUGUGAUUUGUUAGCACAGAGCUAGUUUACUUACUUUGUACAACGUUUUUUUUUUUAGAUAAAGAGGACUACAAGGUUACCAAAUUAGCAAAGUUUUAGCCUCGAAUAAGCAGGGUUAUAUAACUGUGCUCAUUAGGAUGUGCUUGUGAUAGCCUGUAAACCAUAGACCCCAGAGUAGUAUGAAAGAGUUACUGAAAUAUUAUUUGUUAAACCUAUGUCCCAUGAACUUUUGAGGCGUCAUGGCGGUCAGAUGUAAUUAUAUACAUUCAACCAAU